AUGGCAAACGAGGUUAGAGUAUUAGAUGGAGCGGAGGAAUUGGAGGAUUUCCUGAAAGUUGCCCUACCACGCGCUAGCUUUGUAACGAGGACCACAGAAAAACCGUUCUCAAACAGUGUUGAAGAGAUCUUCAAGGAGGCCAUUCUGCGUCCAAAGGCCUUCAUAUGGAGCCAGGAACGUGGCACGAGCUGUGCACCGAUUCCUUUUGAUGGAGCUCCGUUCGUCUGCUGUGGCUUUCGCAUACUAGAAUGUCAAUUUGGGAAGCACAGGUGCCACACCACAAAAUCCACCGAGUCCUCUGAUGAUGUAACGAGUUCAGCAUCUGAUCAUUCUUACCCCAAAGCCUCAGCUGAUAAGAAGAAGAAGAGAAUAAAACUCCAAGGGACAAGAAAAAUUGGAUGUGAGGCAUCGUGCAACAUUCGUCGCAUUCUGCGACUCCCCGCUUAUUCGGUUGACUCAACUGGUCUUUCUGCUUCCGCCUUGGUAAAAGCAAAAGCGGGUAAAGUGAAGGAGCUUAAGAUAUCUAUUUUGGCUGCUCUCGAUGCUGGCGACGUGUCCAAACUCAAUGUGUGCGAUCGGUUUGUCGUGAGCUACCCAACUGAGGGUAGUCACAGUGGUCAUGAUGUCAUUACCGAGAAAGGUAAACUCGCCAGCGAGCUCAGCCAUAACUCAGAAUUUGGCCGGGCGUACCACCCAGAGCUAAAGGACAUCCGCUCCCACAUAGCCCUGGCUACCCAUAAGCUGCAGCAAUCUAGGCUGGACCAGACUCAGAUGGCCCACAAGGUGAAGGCAUGGUCUGAGUCCCCCCGCCCACCUGCGCUUCUGCAGUUCCGGCCAUAUGUGCCAGAUUCAGAACCAUCAGAGUGCAGUGCUGCACCAGCUCUUUCCUUGGAAGCUGAAAGUGACUUGGAAGCCAGUGAUGGAAGAUAUAAGGGCAGCGGCGGCGGUGAUGACGAACCGCUAGUGGAUCCCGUGCCAGCCUCUUCACGCCUCCUGGUAAUACACCAGGAGGUAUGGCAAAGAGAGCUUCUAGUAAAGUAUGGCGAGCUCGUUCUUAUGGACGCUACAUACCGCACAACGUGCUAUGACCUGGCCUUGUUUUUCCUGGUUGUGCACACUAAUACAGGCUACAUCGUUGUGGCAGAAUUCUGUGUGCAAUCGAAGAAACACGCUGAUAUAGCUGAAGCUCUCACUAUAAUCAAGCAACGGACUCCGUCUUGGAAACCUAAAUUUUUUAUGACGGAUUAUUCCCAGGCUGAGAUGCUUGCACUGGAGGAGGUCCUCAAAUAUGCCUUCCUGAAAUCUAACAACGGCAAGAAAAGGACGCUUAGGGAUACCUUCACCAUCAUUAUUGAGCAGUUCCUACCUGAGCAGCGAGAUAAGUACCUGAAGAAGAAUAUCAUGCGGCUGAGCUCCUUCCGAAGGUACAACGACUACGUACCAGUAUACCUACGCGACCGGCCCAGGAAUGUCAUCCUGCACUGCAUGGAACGCGAGCAGUCUUCUCAGGAGUACAUGCCAGAGAAUGGUGAAGCUGCUGGGGAUCACCAGUAUAAUGUCAAGUCAUUUGGGAGGACUCGUCUCGUUUGCUUUGAAACACCCUCAUGUUCUUGCGAGGACUGGAAUCUGAGAGCCCUACCGUGCAAACAUAUGUUUGCCGUAUUCAAGAACGUACCCGGCUGCAGCUGGGAGUCGCUACCCGAGACGUACCGCUCCAGCCCCAAAAUGACACUAGACAUCGAUCUUGGAGAUGGUGAGGUUCAUUCAGAAGAUUUGGAAGUGCCCGAGCAGGUGAACAACUCGCAUGAAGUUGGAGCCCAGCUGUCAGAUCCAGUUUCAAAUGAAAUUCCUUUACACAGGACACAACAGCAACAAAACCAACUCUCUGCAAGGCAAGCACGAAACAUGCUCAAAGUAAUCGAUGCACAGACCUUCGUCUGUACAGACUCAAGUGCUCUAAAAAAUCUCUGCGCUCAACUGGAGAAGCUGUCAGAAGAACUUGCGAAAACUCUGCCCACUGAUGAGUCUGGCUUGGUUAUCCAAGAGGCGUCUUCAUUCACCUUGAACCAACACUUUAGCGCCAGGCGCAGACUGCACGAAACACAUAGCACUGCUGUCCCUGAUCCAGCCUUGGAGUCAGGGCAUGCCAAGCGUGGUCGACCUGCAGUCGAAAGACACCUCAGGUGUCGUGUCGGAGUUUCCGGAGAGACUGAGCGGAGGCAGUUCCUACAAGCUCAACAGAGUGAGAAAGGUGUGUGGUAG